UUUUGGUCAUAAUGGUGUAUGUGCUUUAAUGAUUAUUGUUUCCUUUAACUCAUCAUACUUGGUAUUAUCUUACUUGAUCAUUGAAAAUGCCAUUUUCGAUUGCUUAUUGGAUCACAAAUCAUAUGGUGAUUUUGUCGAAGUUUGGUUAUGGUGCAGGAGGGCUUUUCUUUUUCUGCGAAGAAGGGUUUGAUCUGGGGGCACCAUGCAUUCAAAGAUCUGGGCUGGAUAUCUUGAACCUACUGAUUGUCUUUGUUUUCUUGAUUAUUUUGGUUUUGGGGUUCAUCAGUGGUCAGAACAGAAUCGACAAGAAGUGGAUCCCUUUGGUUGGUUCUUUCUGUUGUGCGGUUAUUAGCAUUGCAUAUGUUAGUAAUGCUGUCUGGGGACUUGUCGAUAAAGAUGGUGGAGAUUUUGGCUGGUUGGUGGUGCAAUUCCUUAGAGCUGUAAUAUGGUUUGCCUUGGUACUAUCUUUGAUUGUGAAGGGGGGGAAAAGUUUACAGGUUUUGGCUUCAAUUUGGUGGAUUUUGUUCUUUCUUGCAAUUACAGCUAUAAACACAAGUGUUUUGCUGAAAAAGGACAAUCUUGAAAUCCUGGAAUCAGUAGCAUGGCUAGUCAACUUCUUUCUUCUCAUAUGUGCUUUAAGAAAUAUCAGUCAUUUUGUAUAUAGUGAUAUCCGACUCAAAAGAUUAUCAGAACCUUUAUUGGCUGAGAAAUCUCAGGAAAGGCUUAGCCGAUUAGGCCAGGCCAACCUUUUUAGCAAAUUGGCGUUCUCUUGGGUUACUCCUUUACUGUCUUUGGGUUAUUCAAAGCCGCUGGUUCUGGACGACAUUCCAUAUCUAGCAACUGAUGACCAAGCAAUUGUAGCGAAUCAGAAAUUUGUACAGGCAUGGGAUUCACUUUUAAAAGAAAGAGACUCAAACAGUACCAAAAAUUUGGUAUUUUGGGCCAUAGCAAGAAAUUACUGGAGGGAGAUGGUGUUUGUAGGAAUUUGUGCUUUCCUAAGAGCAGCUUGUUUGUCACUUUCUCCAUUAUUGCUAUAUGGCUUUGUUAAUUACUCCAAUGGCGAUACAGGAAAUACAACAUGGGAAGGAGUUUUGUUGGUGGGCAGCUUAAUGAUUGCCAAGAUUGUUGAAUCCAUUUCUAAUCGACAGUUCUAUUUCAGUUCAAGAAGAUAUGGCAUGAGGAUGAGAUCAGCUUUAAUGGUAGCUGUUUAUCAAAAGCUCUUAAGGCUUUCUAGUGUAGGAAGACGAAGGCAUUCAACUGGAGAGGUUGUCAAUUACAUUGCUGUUGAUGCUUAUCGGAUGGGGGAAUUUCCCAUGUGGUUUCACACUGCAUUGUUUUCUGUAGUGCAAUUAUUUUCUGCAAUUGGAGUUCUUCUUGGAGUUGUGGGAAUUGGUGUUCUUCCAGGUUUACUUCCUUUAUUCAUCUGUGGAAUUCUGAAUGUGCCAUUUGCAAAAAUACUUCAAAAGUGUCAGAUGCAGUUCAUGUCUGCGCAAGACCAGCGACUUAGAUCUACAUCUGAGAUCCUGAAUAACAUGAAGAUCAUCAAAUUACAGUCAUGGGAAGAGAAAUUCAAGAAACUGAUUGAGUCUUAUCGAGAUAAUGAAUUCAAAUGGUUGUCUGAAUCUCAGUUGAAAAAAGUUUAUGGCACUGUUUUAUAUUGGAUGUCACCAACCAUUGUUUCUUCAGUCGUUUUUAUUGGUUGUGCAUUUCUCAAGAGUGCCCCCUUCAAUGCAGGAACAAUUUUCACAAUUUUAUCAGCGCUGCGUGUUAUGUCAGAACCCGUGAGAAUGAUACCUGAGGCUCUUUCUAUGUUAAUUCAGAUCAAGGUCUCAUUUGAUAGAAUCAAUUCUUUUCUACUUGACGAUGAACUAAUAAGAAAUGAAAAUGCAAGAAAAUCAGGGGACUCAGAAAUUUCUGCUAGAAUACUAAAUGGUGAUUUCAGUUGGGACCCUGAAUCAGGUAUUCCAACACUUAAAGAUAUAAAUUUUGAAGUGAAAUGGGGGGAAAAAAUUGCAGUCUGUGGUCCGGUUGGGGCUGGAAAGUCAUCACUUCUAUGUGCUUUACUCGGAGAAAUAAGCAAGAUUUCAGGAACUGUGGAUGUCAUGGGUUCUGUUGCUUAUGUUUCUCAAGGUGCUUGGAUCCAAAGCGGAACAAUUCGUGAUAAUAUUCUCAGUGGACAACCAAUGGUUAAAACUAAAUAUGAGGAAGCCAUAAGAGUAUGUGCUUUGGAUAAAGAUAUUGAUAGCUUUGACUAUGGCGAUCUCACUGAAAUAGGUCAGCGAGGGCUUAACAUGAGCGGAGGACAGAAGCAGAGAAUUCAACUUUGUCGAGCAGUAUAUAGUGAUGCUGACAUAUAUCUUCUCGAUGAUCCCUUCAGUGCAGUAGAUGCACAUACAGCAGCUAUUCUAUUUAAUGACUGUGUCAUGGCUGCUCUUGCGAAGAAGACUGUUAUUCUUGUGACACAUCAAGUAGAAUUUCUUCCGGUGGUAGACAACAUUCUGGUAAUGGAAUGCGGAAAAAUUACUCAAUCAGGAAACUAUAAGGAACUACUGAUGGCAGGCACAGCAUUUGAACAACUUGUAAAUGCUCACAAGAAUGCAAUAACAGGACUGGAACCUUCAGAUCGUAAACCUAAAACUUUUGAACAUGUGUCAGGACAUAUAGAUGGUCCAAAAGACUCUCAACCGAGUCAUCUUAUCAAAGAAAACAGUGAGGCUGAUAUUUCAAUGAAUGGUUUACCAGGAGUGCAAUUGACAGAAGACGAAGAGAAGGAAAUCGGGGAUGUUGGUUGGAAGCCGUUUCUGGAUUACAUAAUUAUUUCAAAGGGAACAUUGUUUAUGUGUUUUACUAUACUUAGUCAGAUUGGAUUUGUUGGUCUCCAGGCUUCUGCCAGUAUUUGGCUAGCAUUUGGUGUUCAAGUACCUAAAAUCAGCAUUGUCAUGUUAAUCGGUGUUUAUACUGCACUAUCUACAUUAAGUUCUUUCUUUGUCUACCUAAGAUCUCUACUUUCAGCAAUUUUGGGAUUAAGAGCCUCAAAAGCGUUCUUCUCUGGUUUCACUGAUUCCAUUUUCAAUGCUCCCAUGCUCUUCUUUGAUUCUACCCCAGUUGGGCGGAUUCUAACACGUGCUUCAUCAGAUCUGAGUACUAUAGAUUUCGACAUCCCUUUCUCCUUCUGCUUUGUAUUGGCAGCUAGUAUCGAACUAGUGACAACUAUCAGCAUUAUGGCUUCAGUAACAUGGCAAGUUCUUAUUGUAGGUAUUAUAGCUACCGUAUCUACAAAAUACCUCCAGGGAUAUUAUCAACCCUCUGCAAGAGAGUUAAUGAGAAUCAAUGGGACAACAAAAGCUCCAGUCAUGAGUUAUGCGGGUGAGACAGCACUGGGGGUGGCUACAAUAAGAGCAUUUAACAUGGAGGAAAGAUUUUUCCAUAACUAUCUAAUGCUUGUGGACACGGAUGCAAGUACUUUCUUGUAUUCUAAUGCAACACUGGAGUGGCUUAUAUUGAGGACAGAAGCAUUUCAAAAUAUGACCUUAUUCACUGCUGCGUUUCUAAUUGUGUAUCUUCCCACUGGUUACAUACCUCCAGGACUUGUAGGGCUAUCUCUUUCUUAUGCUCUAGCAUUAACAAGCACCCAAGUUUUCUUGAUUCGCUGGUAUUGUAAUUUGUCCAACUAUAUCAUCUCAGUAGAACGAAUCAAGCAGUUCAUGAAUAUACCACCUGAGCCUCCUGCAAUAAUAGAGAAUAAUAGACCACCAGGUUCUUGGCCUUCCAAGGGUGAGAUUAAACUGCAAGAGCUAAAGAUAAAGUACCGUCCCAAUUCUCCAUUAGUUCUUAAGGGAAUCACAUGCACUUUCAAAGAAGGAACUAGAGUAGGCAUCGUUGGACGGACUGGAAGUGGAAAAACUACAUUAAUUACUGCUUUGUUCCGUCUGGUAGAGCCUUACAGCGGAAAGAUUCUUGUAGAUGGGAUUGACAUUUGUUCUAUAGGCCUUAGGGAUUUAAGAAUGAAACUCAGUGUCAUCCCUCAGGAACCAACUCUUUUCAAAGGUAGCAUUCGUACAAACUUGGACCCUUUAGGCCUUUAUACAGAUGACGAUAUAUGGAAGGCAUUAGAGAAGUGCCAACUAAAGGAUAUUAUCACUAGUCUCCCAAACCUAUUAGAUUCUUCUGUAAGCGAUGAAGGUGAUAAUUGGAGUGCUGGACAGCGUCAACUCUUUUGUCUAGGAAGAGUACUUCUUAGAAGAAACAAAAUACUAAUUCUGGAUGAAGCUACUGCUUCUAUAGACUCUGCAACCGAUGCAGUUCUGCAGAAGAUAAUUCGCGAGGAAUUUGCAAGCUGCACAGUGAUAACAGUGGCUCACAGGGUCCCAACUGUUAUAGACAGCGAUAUGGUCAUGGUCCUCUCAUUUGGAAAACUACUGGAGUAUGAGGAGCCAGCAAAGCUUAUGGAGGAUACUAAUUCAUCUUUCGCGAAGCUUGUAGCAGAAUAUUGGUCCAGUACUAGUGCCGGAAAAGACCAUCUGUAGAGGUGUGAAAUACGACAGGAAAGGAACCAUGCUUGGCUGAAUAAAUAGUUAUCUGCUUAAAAUCUAAUGCCUGUGAUUGCAUAGCUAUGCAAAGUUUGUAAAAAAUGUUGACAUUUCUUUUUAAUAAAUAAUGGCAGCUGAAGUUCUGGUUA